ACCUUAUCUACUAAUCUUGUCCCCUCCCCUUAGCCCGGCUGGGCCGCGCAUGCGCUGGUCUUCCUCUCCCCUCUCUGGCUCCCCCCUUCCCUUUCUGGUCCUUCUGGGGACAGAGCGCGUUACUUCCUGUUCGGCCGUGGACGCGCAUGCGCAAACUCCUCUCUGAUCCCAGUGUGCCCCGGAAGCGGAAUUUGGGCCGGCUGGCGAGCCCCCGAGGUAGCGGCGGCGGCGGCGGCGGCGGUGGCGGCGGCGGAGAAUGAACGCACCUCCAGCCUUCGAGUCCUUCCUCCUCUUUGAAGGAGAGAAGAAGAUUACGAUUAACAAGGACACCAAGGUUCCCAAUGCCUGUUUGUUCACCAUCAACAAGGAGGACCACACACUGGGAAACAUCAUCAAGUCACAGUUACUGAAAGACCCUCAGGUGCUGUUUGCAGGCUAUAAAGUCCCCCACCCACUGGAACACAAAAUCAUCAUCCGAGUACAGACCACUCCAGAUUACAGCCCUCAGGAAGCUUUCACUAACGCCAUCACAGAUCUCAUCAGCGAGCUCUCCUUGUUGGAGGAGCGAUUCCGGGUUGCUAUCAAAGACAAACAAGAAGGAAUUGAAUAGUUCUUGAUGUCUUCCCCAUGCAACUUCCACAGGAUUAGGAGCACAGAAACUCUUCCUCCCCUUUGAUAUCCAAUUGGUAUGAAAAGUUGAAUGGAGGAAACCUUAUGCUUUUCUCUCUGGCAGACACCUGUAAUUUCCUCAUAAAAUGUAUUUCUUACCUCUGA